AUGUCUCCCUCAGCUUUUGACGACAAGGAGCUGGCUGAGACUCCUCUCACCCAGACCAAGUCCAACACCAACAAUGCUCGCUCUGGCUCCCUUGCUGUUGGAAGCAGCGAGCUUCCCAUCCCUGGAGAUGCUCACGAUGAUGGCACUGCCAACGCCAUCGAGGUCCCAGCUACCCGCAGCGCCAUUGCUGACACCACCAACUACAUGCACAACCUUUCACUCUCGCCUUCCAUGAAGGAGAGGAGAGGAUCCCGAAACUCCUUCGGUACCUCGCUGCCCAUCCCCCGCUCAAAGAGGCAGUCAAGGCUGUCCUCUGUACACUACCCAGAUGGCCACGGUGCUGCCAAGCGCCCUGGCAUGCCCUCCAUCCAGCCAUCUCGUGAUAUCAUCGCUGCUCAGCUUCAGGACUUGGCUGGCGAGAAGGUCCACGCUGCCAAGGACAUGGCUUUCGUCUUCGACAUCGAUGGUGUCCUCGUCCACGGUGACCGUCUCAUCCCCGAGGGUCAGCGCGUCCUCGAGAUCUUGAACGGAGACAACCAGCUCGGCAUCAAGAUCCCACACAUCUUCCUCACCAACGGUUCCGGUAAGCCUGAGCAGGCUCGUGUCGACCAACUCUCCAAGAUCCUCCACAACCCCAUAUCCACCGAGCAGUUCAUCCAGUCGCACACUCCCAUGCGUGCCUUGGCUGAGUACUACAAGACUGUUCUUGUUGUCGGUGGUGAGGGCUACAAGUGCCGUGAGGUCGCUGAGCAGUAUGGCUUCGAAGACAUUGUCGUCCCCAACGACAUCGUUGCCUGGGACCCCACCAUUGCCCCUUACCGUGUCUUCACCGAGGAGGAGCGCAAGACCUCCCGCCCCCGCGACUUCAGCAAGACCAACAUCGAGGCUAUCAUGGUCUUCUCUGACAGCCGUGACUACGCCACCGAUAUCCAAAUCAUCAUGGACCUCCUCCAGUCCGAGAACGGUCGUCUCGGCACCAGGGCCAAGGACCCCGUCUCCCAGCGCAUCCCCAUCUACUUCUCCCAGGGUGACAUGCUCUGCCCCACCGAGCACCCCUUCCCCCGCAUGUCCCAGGGUGCCUUCCGCAUUGGUCUCGAGGCUAUGUACAAGUCGCUCACCGGCGUUGAGCUCGAGCGUGUCGUCUACGGUAAGCCCGAGUUGGCUACCUACAAGUACGCCGAUGAGGUCAUUGCCAGCUGGAUGGAGACCAUUCACAACGAGGAGAAGCUUCCUUCUCACAUCUACAUGAUUGGUGACAACCCAGCCUCCGACAUCAUCGGUGGUAACAUGUACGGCUGGAACACUUGCUUGGUCCGCACUGGUGUCUUCCAGGGCGGCGACAACGACGAGAACAACCCAGCUUCCUUCGGUGUCUUCAACAAUGUCCUUGAGGCUGUUCAGACUGCCAUGAAGAAGGAGCUCGGCGAGGACUUCGAGUUCAAAUUUGAUGAGAAGAUCAACCCUGUUAUGCAGGAGGGUGGUGUCUCUGCUAUUGCUUAG